GUUGUUUCUGUUUUAUUAUGGUAAUUCUUCUAAUCUUGUUUUAUAUAUGAUACAGAUUAUAUAGGAAUGCAUUAUGAUUUUAUUUGAGUUAAGUUGUAUCAAUGUAGUUUUGCAAUCCCAUAGGAAUAUAUAUUUCUAUGUAUGUGCAAUGGCUAAAAUUUGGCCUUUCAUUUUUUUGGUGAGAUCAAAAUAAGAACAACGCUAUCAACUAUUGAAAUUUAACCAUAAUAGAGAAACAGACCACUGAAGUGGAAUAUAAUAAUUCCCAUAGCUAAGAAGAAUUCAAUUGGAAAAUAUGGAGUUCUUAGAUUUCGACUCUUUCAAUAGUAAUGUCGAUAAGGAUGAUCAAAAUCUUCCUCAACCACAACCAGCGUUGUCUUUACCUAUCACAUCAAAUAUUGAAAAUUUAGGUAAAAGAAUAACUAGCUUUAGUUUAGCUAGGAAUUUGUUAAAGUUUGAUGAACCUAGUUCUACCAAUACUGUCAAUUCAGAAUUUCAAGAGGCUACAAAGGAAAAUGAUUUAGCUGAAAAGUAUGCUAAAGUGUCCAUGACUUUAUUAAAGAGUGAUGAAACCCAUGAUAAUGAACACGCCUACAAUAGUGAUGAUGAAAGAAGCGCAGGACUACACAAUGCUAAUUCUUCUGAAGUUCAAACAAGAGCUACUUUGUCUACUAGGUUAUCAAGGGUGUUAAAUAAUUCUUUAAGUGAUUCUUUGAUUCGUGAAAUCUUCUGGAAUUUAGAAGAUAAAUUUGGUACUGGAGAUCAAACAUUAGAAGAAUUAAUUGAACCAGGAUUUCAAGGCUCUAUUUCAAGAAAAAAGUUACGUGGUAAGAUCGAAGCUGAGUUGAUUAAAACUCAAGGACUCGUGCUAAAAGAAUAUCAACCAAUAAUAAAACAACUCAGACUGGUUGAAGAUAAACUCAUCAAAUUGAAUGAAUUAAAUCUAUCCACCAAUGAGAAAAUCAAUAAGAAUUAUAAAUUCUCUAAUGAAUUCAAUAAGCAAGUAGCGGAAUUGAACGAAUCAAAAAAGCUCAUAAGUUUAAAGAAGAACUUGUUGGUAGCAUUUAAGGAUCAAUUUACUCUUAACGAGUAUGAAGAGUAUGUUUUAAGUACAGGAGAUAUAAAUGACGAAUUCUUCAAUGUUUUGAAGAAAGCUGAAGCUAUAAAUGAAAAAUGUUCCAUAUUAUUGUCAAUUGAUAAUCCUCAAUUGGGAUUAAAGAUCAUGUCCAAAAGUAAUCAAAUUAUAAAUAAGUCAUUGGAAAGAAUAAUCACUUUCUCAAAUAGAACUUUAAACAACUUGUAUGCUUUAAAUUCUAGAUCUAAAUUGAUUAUAUUACAACAAUGUUUGAGAUAUCUCAGAAAUAAAUUAAAUUACUUUUCAUCCAUUAUUAGUACAUUCACAGAUCAAAGGUCGAAGUUAUUAAUAGAUGAAUUUUUAAAUCAAGUUCAAGGAAACUUGGAUCAAAAUGGUCUGGUAGGUUCGUCCGGUAAGAGCCAAAGAUCUUUAUCCAUCUCAAGUGACCAUUCAUCUUCCAGACCAGUUUUCAUAUCAGCGCAUGAUCCAAUAAGAUAUAUUGGGGAUUUAUUGGCUUACAUCCAUUCUGUUGUGGUGAACGAAUCAGAAACUAUUACAAGUAUUUUCACAUUGGAGACCCCAGAAAAUGAAAAUGAUGUCAAAGAAUUCAAGAUAAUUAUUGAUGAUGUGAUAAAUAAGAUUCUUAAAGCAUUGUCUAAGCCUGUCAAAACAAGAAUAGAUCAAAUCAUUUCAUCCCAAACCAAACUUGCAACACUCUACUCAAUUCAUAACUUACUUGAAUUAUAUUCAAUCAUGUUUUCUAAACAGCUUCCUGCUAAUAGUGAGCUUUUAUUAACUGUUAAACAAUUGGUUGAGUCAACUCAAGAUAGAACUAAAUCCGUAAUAUCUAAUAGAUUAGCCACAAUCAGAAAUAGUAAUCUGGCAAGGUUAGAUGUCAAUCUUGACUUGCAACCUCCUGAAUGGAUAGUGGAAUAUUAUGCUGAUAUAUUACCUAUCAUUGAUCAAAUGCCAGGAGAAACCAUCUUUGAUUUACCAAAGCAAAGCCAUGAUGAAUUCCUAAAAUUAAUCGUUAACGAUCCAAUAGAUAUUUUCAAAGAGCAUAUAGUUGACAAUAAGUUGAUUGAAGAUAAGAGAGAUGUCCUCAUUAUUAAAUUAAAUUUCCUUGAUUUGACAUUGUCAAAGAUAAUGCCCAUAACUAUAUUAAGUGAUAAAACCAUAGAAAUUAACGAAUUAAUAAAUGAGUUGGUGAAUGAGUUAACACAGGUGCAAUUGAAUGUAUUAUUGAAAAAUUGUGAAGUUUAUGAUUUAUACAAUGUUGUCCAAAUGAUAUGUCCAUUAAGUGAUGAAUUUUUUGAGGUUUCUAUAUAUGAACCUAUCAAGGAGAAUAAAUUAUACACCAAAGAGGAAAUGAUUAAAUUGAAUGAAGUCAUACAAAAUUAUAUUCCAAAUGCAUUGAUUGAAAUCCAACAAUCGUUAAUGAAAUUAAAUUCCCCUAUGAUUGUCAGUGAUAUUAUAACUAAUUCGGCAUUGACUUUCAUUAAUUUCUAUGAAAAGUUCAACUUAAUCAACAUAGAAUACUUAAACGAGGCCUUUUCGUGGAAUACCAUUGAAUUGGCUACGUUGCUAGGUGUUGAAGAAGCAUAUAUAGAAAGUACAAGAUUAUAUUCAUGAAACUAUAUAUAAGAAGAAUAAA